UGGGAGACAGUCAGACACACGCUGCAUGUCGGGAUGUCGGCAUGGCUUGCACCAGGAGAACCAAAACUUUGGUGUCCACAUGCGUGAUACUGAGUGGCAUGACCAAUAUCGUGUGUUUGCUCUAUGUCGGAUGGGUGACUAAUUAUAUCGCUAACAUAUACAUCAAAGUGCCGAUGCCGAUAGCGGAGAAAAAGUUGGAUGGCGACAAACGGGGUGACACUCUCCGGAUCAUCGAGAGACUGGAUCGACUCGAGAGUGUGGUCAACCAGCACAUACAAGAGACGCCAGGGAGAGGAGAAGAGGGUCAGCCAGACACAUCAUUCUCCGACUCAUCACUGUUUGCUCACUGGGGCAAGGAACUCAGCCCAGAGAACCGCAGAGUGGCCCUCAAGUCGUUCCAGUACUACGGCUACAACAGCUACCUCAGCGACCGCCUGGCGUUGGACAGACCCAUACCCGACCUGCGGCCUGACGGGUGUAAAAACAUGAGCCAUCAUGCGGACCUCCCUCAAGUCAGCAUCGUGUUCAUCUUUGUGAACGAGGCCUCGUCCGUCAUCCUGCGCUCCGUUCACUCGGCCAUGAACAGGACGCCCUCCCACCUUCUCAAGGAGAUCAUCCUGGUGGAUGACAACAGCAACAACGAGGAGCUGAAGGAGAAGCUUCAGGAGUUUGUCUCGGAGACGAACCGGCGUCGACCGGGUUUCAUCAAGACGGUGAGGCACUCCAAACAGGAGGGCCUCAUCCGCUCACGAGUGAGUGGGUGGAAGGUUGCCAGCGCCCCAGUGGUGGCCCUGUUUGAUGCCCACGUGGAGUUCAACGUAGGCUGGGCCGAACCAGUUCUCCAGCGCAUUAAGGAGGACAGAACUCGCAUAAUCUCCCCAUCAUUUGAUAACAUCAAGUAUGACACAUUUGAGAUUGAAGAGUAUCCACUGUCUGCUCAGGGCUUUGAUUGGGAGCUGUGGUGCCGCUACCUCAACCCACCCAAGUCUUGGUGGCACAACGCCAACAACAGUGCACCCAUCAGGAGCCCUGCCUUGAUUGGCUGCUUCGUGGUUGACAGGCUGUACUUUGAGGAGAUCGGCUUGCUGGACGAAGGCAUGGAAGUGUAUGGCGGAGAGAACGUUGAGCUGGGCGUUAGGGUGUGGCAGUGUGGGGGCAGCGUUGAGGUCCUUCCCUGUGCCCGGGUUGCCCAUAUCGAGCGUGCCCAUAAGCCCUACACAGAGGACCUGACAUCCCAUGUGAGGCGCAAUGCUCUGAGAGUGGCAGAGGUGUGGAUGGAUGAGUUUAAAAGCCAUGUUUACAUGGCCUGGAACAUUCCUCAGGAGGACUCAGGAAUAGACAUCGGAGAUAUAAGCGAGCGUAAGGCUUUGAGGAAGAGGCUGCAGUGCAAGACGUUCCGAUGGUAUCUGGUCAACAUCUACCCUGAGAUGAGGAUGUAUACCGAGACGAUCGCAUACGGAGUGCUAAAAAACUCAGUGAAGAAUGACUUGUGUCUGGACCAGGGGCCUGAAAACGACAACGUGCCCAUCUUGUAUCUUUGUCAUGGAAUGACACCUCAGAAUGUGUACUACACCAGUACCCAGCUGCUGCACGUCGGGCUGCUCAGUCCCACCAUAGACGACGAUGACAACAAGUGCCUGGUGGACGUCAACGGUCGCCCGCGUCUCAUCGAGUGCAGCUACGCCACCGCCAAACGCAUGAAGCUGCACUGGCUCUUCACGCAGGGUGGAGCUAUUCAGAACAGGAAAUCGAAAAGGUGCCUGGAGCUCGCUGAGAGCGAUGAGAACGAGUUUGGCUACCAUCUGGCCCUCCAGAAAUGCACAGGGCAGAAAUGGUCCAUCACCAACACACUGCUUAGCAGCUCCUUAAGAUGAGCCUAUGCAGAGGGAGAUCAAGUGUGUGUGUGUGUGUGUGUGUGUGUGUGUGUGUGUGUGUGUGUGUGUGUGUGUGUGUGUGUGUGUGUGUGUGUGUGUGUGUGUGUGUGUGUGUGUGUGUGGUGUACAUGUUGUAACAAAGUCAUAUUGUCCACCAUGAUGUCCACAAUGUGCAGGUGACAUUACAUGAUAAAUGUUAAACAUUGUAUUUCCCUCACAGGGUCAGUGUUAGCUGGCUCCUAUCUUGGAUCUGGUGUGUAGUUACUCUUAUGUUUUGAAAUGUUUGACUUGGAAGUCUAAUUUUUUCCCAUACUAUUGCUUGUCAUUGCUACUAUGUAGCAAGAUUAAAAAAAAACUGCUGUAAUUGUUUUUAAUUUUAGUUUCUUUCUUAUUAGUUGACGUUUUUUGUGUCUCAGGUUUCUAUGUAGUUUUAUAAAGCAAUUAUGCUGUACAAUAUGAGAGACGGCCUACACAUUGGAGUACACUGUCUUUUCUAAUUAUGAAUAUUCUGAUUAUUUAUAAUAUAUAGUAAUAAAAGAGUACAAACAUGUUAAGUGAAUCUUGU